AUGAUCGCAAAGUCUCUCCCCGUCCGAGACCCCCAAGCCAACUCCAAAAACAAAAAGAAAGGCAAAGAUGCAAAGAAGAACCCCCCUCCAACCCAGCAGUCCGACUACUCGCGCAAAGCCGGCACGAGUGAUGACACCCCGAAAGCCUUCCUCCGGUUGAUGCAGCGCCAGAACGCCGGCGCUCAACCGUCGUCGAAACCCGACACCGGCGAAAAUAAGAAACGGAAGCGAGCAAAGACAGAAGAGUCCACAGCCGCUGCGCGGAAAAAGCCGACUGCUGCGAAGGCAAAGGCGAAGAUAGAGGAGCCGAAGACUGAAACCGAGUCCCCGGCCGCUUCGAAACCGAAAAUUAUGCCUGGGGAGAGAUUGUCGGACUUCGCGGCUCGUGUGGACCGAGAGUUGCCGAUUUCUGCGAUGCAAAAAUCCAGUAAACCGGCUGCGUCGAAUAUUCCAGGUCUAAAAGAGGAACAUCGCUUGACUAAACACGAGAAGCAUCUGCUGCGGCUUCAAAAGCAGUGGCGCGAGGACGACGUGGCGAUCAAAGAGAAAGAGGCCGCUGAGCGAGAGGAAAGACAAGAGGAGAUGGAAGAACAAUUACGGCUCUGGAACGAAUGGGAGCUGGAGGCUGGGAAGGGCAGGGCUAAGAAGAAGGGUGCUUCUUCCAAGCGGAAGAAGACGGGUGAUGGUGACGCCGUUGACGACCCGGACCCCUGGGCCAAAUUGGCCAAGCGCGAGCGCCAGAAGAAGACGAAUCCAUUCGAGGUUGCCGAGGCACCGCCGCAAUUAACGAAACCGAAGGAGAUUUUCAAGGUUCGAGGCGGAGCAAAAAUUGAUGUUGCGAACGUACCGACAGCCGCAGGAAGUUUGAGAACGAGAGAGGAGCUCGCAGGCGAGAGAAGGAAUAUCGUGGAGCAAUACCGGAAGUUGAUGGCCGAGAAGCGGCAAUGA